GUCGGAAACUCCAGCAGCUCCGCUCCUUAUAUUUCCACUGACACUCCGUUUGAGGGAUUCAUUCAUUCCUGUCAGAGCUGCUGUUCGGUUUGUCCGGACGGGAUCUGCUCAGCCAUCCACGCGUCUGUCCACCCAGCUGUUUUCAUCGCUCCUUCCAUCCAGCUGUGCGCUGCGUCCGGGAAGGUCAGACGCGUUGUUUUCGAUCGGCGAACCUGACAACUUUGUUUUGUUUAUUUGUUAAUUCUUCUCUUCCUGAUCAGCGUUUCUUCCCCGGGAGAUUACUGCUGCGUUCAGCGGUCGCUGGUGAGUCUUCCUGCCGGUAUUUUCAGACGCUGCAAGGAUGAAUGGCUGACCUCGGAGCUCACUGAUUGGUUUGCUGAUCUUUGCUGGCUGCAGCUGCUGUCAUGGCCAAAAGCCCGGAAGUGAAGCUGGCCGUCUUCGGCAGGGCAGGGGUGGGCAAGUCAGCGUUGGUGGUGAGAUUUCUGACCAGACGCUUCAUCUGGGAGUACGACCCGACACUCGAAUCAACAUACCGUCAUCAAGCCAACAUUGACGAUGAGGUUGUCACCAUGGAGAUCCUGGACACUGCGGGGCAGGAGGACAUCCAGCAGAAGGAGGGACACGUGCGUUGGGGUGACGGAUUUGUCAUUGUGUACGACAUAACAGACCGGGGAAGCUUUGAGGAGGUGGCCCCACUCCGAAGUCUCCUAGAGGAGGUGAAGAAACCAAAAAAUGUGCCUUUGGUCCUUGUGGGCAACAAGUCCGAUCUGGACCACGUCCGGCAGGUCGGCACAGAGGAAGGUGAGCGGCUGGCAGCUGAAAUGGCAUGCGCCUUCUACGAAUGUUCAGCAUGUGCCAAUGAGGGUGGCACUGUGGCAGAGGCUUUCCAUGAGCUGUGUCGUGAGGUGAGGCGCCGCAAGGCCGUGCAGGGCAAGGCCAGACGUCGCAGCUCCACUACACACGUCAAACAGGCCAUCAACAAGAUGUUGACCAAGAUUAGCAGCUAGGGAAGAGCCACACUACGGUCUGAUGACACAA